UAUCACAAAUCGAAAAGUUUUAUGUAAAAUGUGAGCAAAUUAAAUUACUUAUACAUCGGAUGGACUGAACGUGUAUUGCUACCCGUAACUAGAAAAAGUCUGGCAACGCUAUUAAAUCCAAAAUGGCUACGCGAGUAGAAAAUUUUUGUACAGAAGAAGCGUCCAAGGAGAGUAAACGCCGUGACCGUGUGUUUUCGUAAAAAUUUAUUGCCAAUAAAAUACAAAUAUUAAUUUGAAUAGCAAAUAAACAAUUGUGCUAGCCAAGCGCCAAACGCAAAAAAAAAACUAACACAGUGCAGUGCAAUGUAGUGAUAAACCUAAUAUAGAGUGUAAUGUGAACAUUUCAAUGAAAGUUUUCACCUCCAUGAGAAUUUGUGCAAAAAGAGUAGAGAGAAAAAUUUUGCAAAACGUUCGAAGUUGAAGGUGAAAAUGAAAAUGCAUUAACAAACAAAUAAAGCCACCAUAAAAUGCCAAGAACAACCAAAUAAACGCCGUGUAAAUCAAGAAACCUUUAAGUCCCAUACGAAAGCGAAACUAUUUAUUGUGCACAAAGUGACUUGUUUGUGUAUGCGUGUGCGUGACUGUGGUUGUGUGUGUGUGUGCAGGCAGCCAGUUUGGCGUUGUUUUUGUGUUGCUACUUCGCUUGCCGCUGUCGGGAAUGAAUGAAUAAUGAAAUGGAAUAGAAAUCCUGAAAUAACUAAAAAUGUUCACCAAGGGCACCAGCUGCUGGUGAAGAUAAAAUUCUCGCGCUAAAUUUAGCCUACGCCCACAUUGACAACCCAAAUCCGAAUCCCCAUUCCCACGCACACAAUACAGCGUUCAGACAACGUUUGACAUACUCAAAGAAAAUAAAAUGGAUUUGGAAUUGGAGAAUCUGAAGAAUGACUUUCUGCCGUUAAUCGCCGGCAUUAAGCAGGAGCAAUUGGACUCGGUGGUAGCGGAUGUGCUGCCACCAAAUCAUUUGCCUAGCACUGCGGCAACAACAUCGACAUCCUCGUCAUCGUCAUCAUCUGUUGGCAAUCCUUGCGAUAGUGCCGAAAAGCGGUCCGAAUCAAAUUCAUCGGCAUCCGCCAAAUUUACGCUCUUCAAAUGCGUUUACUGUGCCCAGGUGCUGGGCAUCAACGAUCGCCCCAAGCUGCUGGAGUGUCUGCACGUGGCAUGUGGUCAGUGUGUGAAUACAAAGUUCUCUGAGCUGGAUCGUUCAUUACCGCCACUAAUACACUGUCCAGUGUGCGAUAAUGCCUCACAGAAUGAGUACAUCAUUGAGAAUCAGUUUCUGAUUGAGCAAUGUGCGGCCGGGGACAGCGGCGAUGGUAACGGCUCCACCGAUGGUUUGAAGAGUUCUCUUACGGCCAACAUACAGUGCAGCAGCUGCUCGGAUGGAGCUGUGGCCACAUCGUGGUGUGUGGACUGCUCGGAGUACAUAUGCGAUAGCUGUGUACACGCGCAUCAGCGUCUCAAGAUCACAAAGGAUCACACGAUCAAGCCAAAAGAUGAGGCCAACAAUGAACAGCUGGCAGGCACUGUCGGCGUCGACAAGCUGCACAUGUGCCAACUGCACACACAGGAGAAGCUUUCGUUGUUCUGCGAGACCUGCGACAAGCUAACCUGUCGUGAUUGCCAGCUAAGCGAUCAUAGGGAUCACAAGUACAAGUUUGCCCAUGAGAUUGCCACAGAGUCGCGACAGGCAUUGUCCACGCUUGUUUCUGAGAUCAACUACAAGCGCUUUCUGCUAUCCUCAGCCACAAAGGUGAUCGAUGAUCGCCAACAGCUGAUACAUGACAAGAAGAAGGAUCUGAUCAAAGAGAUAACCGCAAUGGUGGUUAAGAUCACCAACACAGUCAACAUGCGUGGCAAGCAGCUGGUCAUGCGUCUAAACGAAGUAUGCGACAGCAAACUGAAGGUGCUUGUCGAGAAGAAGGAGACGCUGCAGCUGCUCUCCGAUAACACCGAUCAUUGCAUUGAAUUUAUGCAGAAUGCCCUCGAAAAGGGCAGUGAUUUUGCAAUAUUGUCAAGCAAAAAGUCACUCGUACGUCAUCUGCAAAAGCUCAAAUGUCAGCGAGCUGAUAUACCCAAUCCAGAGAUUCCAGUUCGGAUUCAGGUGCAGCUAAACCAGGUCGCUGAACUGCAGAAGGUCAUCUCACAGCUGGGCAUUGUUAUAGUAGAUGGCAAACCAUAUCCGCCGGCACCGGCGCCCACACAAAAUGGACCCCAACCACCGCCGCCACGUCAGCCACCUAGCCCAAAUAUGGCGCCACCAUUGCGUCCCGGAUUACCCCCGGGCAUGACGGCAGGCCUAUCGCCCAAUGGACCACCAGGCGGUUUUGGACCACAGAACGGACCGCCCAUGUACAGUAAUGCGGCCGCACAACAGCAGUUCAACAAUUUGUCCAUGAGCCGCUCCUUUCCAGGUGAUGGGCCAGGUAAGGUUCGUUUUGGCGGCAUGCCACCCGUGGGCAUGCAGCGUCAGGGUCAACCGCAUGUCAGCUCCUCCACACAUCCGCAGAAUAUGGACAUUAGCCUGCGUGGUCUGUUGAACAAUCAGGCAGCGCAGAGUCCUAACGCUCAUCUGGCCUUUAAUGGGCCACCCAGCUAUCCAGGCGGGCCGCAGGGUGCGCCCUCGCCGGCACACCAGCAAUCAAUGCCCCCGAUGCGGGCGCAUUUUAUGCCCGGCCAACAGAAUUUCGGACAGGGUGGCGGCCCGGGCGGUGGGCCCAGAGACAACAACAGCUUCAUGAACAGCAACGCACGCUUCCAGUCGCAGUACCAGCGGCUGGCCAGCCAUGCACAGCAGCAGGCAGCGGCAGCUGCCAUGGCCAGUGCGGGUGCUGGCGGCGGACAGAUACCCUCGCCUGGCUCACUACAACGACCACCAAUGAUGCCAAAUCCCAUGCAAAGUGCAUUGGGGUUUCAUGGGAGCCCGGCUGGCUUUAACGCUGGCCCGCCGCAAACAUCGCCGCAGCUGAACAACGCCAUGCACAGUCUCGCCAAGUGGCAUAUACCGCAAUCUGCGCAGCAAUCAAGCAUUUGCCAACAGCAGGGACCGCUUUUGCCUUUUGCAAACGGACGCCAGACAUCGGAAAAUUUUAAAAUCUCAUUAAAGUCGCCAAAUACUUUAAAGAACAGCACACCUCCCAGUCUUAGCAUUGGUGGGCCCGCACUGCCAGGCUUGAACAAUGGUUCGUCGGCUGCUAACACAAUAGCGCAGCUUAAUGCCGCUGCCCUUGGUCUUGGUCCAGCGGUUUCCAUACUCUCUAAUGUCACAUCGACAAAUCCAAAGACACCCAGCCCCAGCACGCAUGAGAACACCAAGGAUUUUACAGAACCCAUUGACAAAGUACGUGACGACUCCAUAAAUGAUCUGAUUGCCACCAUUGCCAAAUUGGACUCGAAUGGCGUUCAAGUGUUGCCAGAAGGACGCACCAAGACCACCUCGCCGCAAGUGCACAGUUCGACGGAUCUAUCCAAUACGCAGGAAGUUAAUAAUAAAAACGAACAAAAAGAUGACCCCAAUGAGGAUUGGUGUGCCGUAUGCCUGGAUGGCGGCGAAUUAAUGUGCUGCGACAAAUGCCCAAAAGUAUUCCAUCAGAACUGUCACAUACCCGCGAUUAGCUCCCUGCCGGAUGAAAGCGAGAGCUGGCAAUGCUUGUUGUGUGUCAAUCUUAAGGAGCUGACCAAAGUUGAGGGCAACGAGAAGCCGCAUCCUGGCGAGCUGAGCAGCUUAGAAUUGAGAAUACUCCAGCGCAUAUGCCUGGAACUAUACUGUCAGUAUGAACAGAGUCUUAAUUUCCGCGAACCGGAGUCACCAGCCAACUCCCAGUACUAUGAUAUUAUUUGCAACCCUAUGUCGUUGGAUGUUAUACGCACGCGCUUAGAUCCUUCCAGCCCUAAUCAUUACAAGGAUAUAGCCGGCUUUGUCGCCGACGUACGUCUUAUCUUCAAGAAUACUUACCUCUUUUAUCAGGAGGAUUCGAAAACGUACAGCAAUGCCAAGUAUUUGGAAAAUUUCUUUGAAGAGCAGCUCGCCAAAUGGCUGCCCAACUUUGGCAGCAAGAGUGGUGCCUCCACCUCGUCCAAUUCACCUAACAUGUUAGCGGCAGCGACUGGCUCGCCUGCGCCAAUUGAGAAUGGGCGCAAGAGCUGCAGCUCCGCCUCGCUAGCUGACAGCGAGGAUGCUUGCUUGCCGGCCAAGCGUUCACGUCGCUCGGCGCAUGAAUAGAACGAGCUUUUGCCCGACGAGAAGGGCACGGAGAAGGAACCGCAGCCGGAGGAGAAAGAGAAGGGAGGUGAAACACAAGACCAGCCGGAGCAAGAGCAGCGGCAGUCAGACGAUAAGCAGACGCUGCAAGAAGAUGAGCCUGAGCAAAAUCAGGAGUCGCACUUAGCAGAUAUGGAGCUAGAUUUAGCACAGCGACCGCGCAGUCUGGGUAGCAGUGUAAUACAGGAAAGCGCCGACUAUGUGCUCCAGCUGCUGCACGCAUAUGCCGCCGCCUUCGGACUCUAGAGCGUUUAAUAGAGUGACUCAUUAAAGAACAUAUCCGUACACACUCGCAACUAAUAAGUCCAACAUUGUUAUAAAUUAUGAAUGGCGCUAUCAAUUAGUUAAUAAGUAUAUAUGAAAAAACGUCGUCUAAUCAUUUAGAACAAACAACUUGUAGCUGUUGUAAAUUUAGUUUUGUAUUACCCAACUGUAAAUAAGCAAAUCAUUUGAUAUGAUUUAUGGAUUAACAAUGCAAGAAUAACUCGAUGUUCGUGUGGAGAUAUGUUUUAGAUACAAUCUUAAGUGUUAAAUAUACAUAUGUAAGCAGAUAUACCAAGUAGAGAUUAAUUUGUAGUUUACUUCAAUUUCACUGCAUAACUUAAGAGUGCUCCCAGCUCUAUCCUCUAACCCCAUAUCUGUUAGAGUUGUAUUUACUUUUGUGAUAGCAAAAAAACAAUAAAAAUAAUGAACAAAUUA